AAAGGAGGUGAAUCUAUUUAUGGAGGAUAUUUCAAAGAUGAGAACUUUAUUUUGAAACAUGAUCGGGCAUUUCUUUUGUCAAUGGCAAACAGAGGGAAACAUACCAAUGGUUCCCAGUUUUUCAUAAACAGUGUUACAUCGUGCGCUCCAAAGGUAAUGUCUCAUUCCUCUAAGGCUGUGUUCUUUCUCUUCUUUCUUUCUUUCUUUCUUCCUUCCUUCCUUCCUUCCUUCCUUCCUUCCUUUCUGUUCUUUCUUGUCCUUUUCUGCUCAUAUGUGCAUUAAAUCUUGUGGUAGUAAAAUUCUUCCAGCUCUGAGAGAGAGGAUGUCUUUAUGACAGUGCUAUUUUAAAACCAUAAAUACAGUCUAGCCUCAUCCUCUCAACUUGGAAAAUUUAAGGUUGUGAAACAGUAUCAAAUUUAUCAAUGACUUGUAGAAAACCAGUUGUUUUCCUGAGAGAGCUCUUUCAAGGGCUCCAGAGGCAACAUUUUCUAAGCAACUCUUCAUUUAGAGGAAAUUGUACAACUUUGGAAAAGGGAGGGACGGACAGGUUCUUAUUCUAUUGUGCAAUAGAUUGUGGAACAAAUAUUAGUGGAAAAUGCAUUGGUUGUUAAAAACACCUGCCACCUGUUUUGAACAUUGCUCAAAUACAACCUUUCAAACUUAUUGGGGCACCUAAAAUAUGGAAAGAGGGAAGCAGGGCACAAUUUAUAAUGUUUGUUGCUCCAGUUGCUCAAGGGUACUGUUCACUUUUGUCUCCCUCAAUGACUUCUGUUUUGUUUUUACAUAUUUAUGGUUGAGUAAUAAAAAGACUAACUGUGAAAAUAAGUGGAUAUUUUUUAAAUGGAGAAAUCUCCAGAGCUGUAAUGGACAGCUGAUGUUCAGUAUUUCAAUCGGUAUUUGGAGUUGUUCUUCACGAUAUCCUUGGUAAUAUAUUGGAAGUUCUAUUCAAAGUAUUCUCUUCAGUAGCAUCUGCUGUAGUUUAAAGUAUGCCAAUUGCUUUACAAUAUGUCUCUUAUUCGUCUUCACAGCUCUUCUGCUGGACAGUAACAAAUGUUAUAGUUAUGAGAACUAAGACUGAGGGACAUGCUACUAGUUUCUCAGUGCAUUCAUGGCUAGAGUAACAUUUGAGUUUGUGACCUGAAGUCACAGAACCCCCAACUAUGGAAGCACACUAGUGGAAUGCUUAGCUGUUUUACGAAAUGUCUACUUACAGAUUAUUUUGUCUGUAUGUUGCUCAUGUAGUAGCCCUUGCAGUAUAGUGUAUUAUCUAUAUAAGAAUCAACUCGUGGUGAGGUAAUGUUUGGUUGCACAUUCUGUUCCUUGUUUGUGAAUGUUCUUUGGUGUUUGGAGCCCUUAAGCAUGUGUUUAAUGUUCACUGUAUUGUAUGUUUAUUUCUGUGAAAAUUAAGCAUAUGCCUCAAGUGUGAUACUGCCAAGGCUUUCAGGACUUUAAGUGAAACAGAAUAUUUUGUUUUAAAUUUGAAAAUCACAAUAACUCUAUGUCCCUAUUUCACUGAGGGCUUAAUAAACACAUUUCUACUCAAUAGAUGUUCCACAUAAUAUCCACAAGGGGUUAUGAUGUACAUUUCCACUACACACUAUGCUGCACAGGCCAAUUUAGACCCAGGAGAGGCCUUUUUUGAAACUCAAAGCAUGGUGAAAAAAGCCCCAUACCAUACCUCUUAAAGAAGUUUGGGUGCAAAACUAUUAUCAUCAUUUUUUGAGAGCAGGUGCAGUCUCUAAGGUCUCCUAGAGGGCUAAUGCGCUGCUACCCUAGUCUCCCACAGUUGUCCAUCCCUGGUAUAGGGAAUGUCUGUGACCAAAGAUACGUAAGCACCCCACCUCCCUUUCCUCUAGGAAAAUGAGGCAGAUGAGUUCCUUGGCCAUCAUUCAUUCAAGGCUUCUAAACCAGCACUAGUUUUUGGUGUGGCUGUCAAGAAUUGUGCGACCAAGAGCUGUAGUCCCUUAAUAAUAAACCUUUUAAUUUAUGGAAGUGAAAUUUAGAGAACUAUUUCAUUUAUAUGGACAAAUGUAACAUAUGUUAAGUAGGCUCAGGAGAAGGAGCUUUAAUAACAAUUUGAAAUUAUGAAAUGGUCCUUGUUUUUUGCUAGAGCAAUACUUUGUGUGGGUUUAAGGAGGAUUCAAGUGUGUUGUAUUUGAUUUGUGAUUUUUCCUGCAUAACCUCAGGUGGUUCCAUUCUAGAGUUGUAUUAUUGCACUGCCCUAUUGACAAAUGGGGACUGAGGAAACAUCGAGUCCUAAAUAGUCAUUAGGACUAUUAACAUGUAUGAUUAACAUGUACUGUAUGUAUGAAUGAACUUUCCAGGGUAGCAUUUAUGUUUAGAUGACCAAAAAUCUAAUUAUUCAAAGGGAAUUUGCUGGAACAAAUUUUAACAAGAUGCCUUUCUGGAUCAGAAUUAUAUAUAUUACAAUCCUCAUAGUGGAAUGAAUUCUCUGGAUCCUGAUGAAGUUCUUAAUGAUUUCAAAGCAGAGCUUUCCUGGAAAACAAGUUUGAAAGUAAUAUUGAUGAUGUUUCUAAUGUGCUGCCCCCAAAAAUGGUUUGGAAUAUUUGAAAGACAAACUAGUUCUUCCAGAUAGUAAAUUCCAUUUUUAAAAGAAGCUGAAAACCUUUAUAUAGGUAUUGAAAGAUAUCCAAAAUGAUAGGAACAAAUAAACAUGGCCAUCACAUUGCAAGCAGCGCAAAUGAAUUUCUAAGGCUUCGAUCAUGUACAUUUUAAUGUGAGAGUAAGUUCCACUGAAUUGAUAGAAUUUAUUUUGAUUGAAAAAUGAGGUGUAGGAUUGCAGUGAGCCAGUGUAAAUUCCCUCCACUCUGGCACACUCAGAUGUUUUAGAUUACAGUCCCCAUCACUCCUAAUCAACAGAACCCAUAGUCAGGGAUAAUGGGAGUUGUACCCCAAAACAUCUGGGAGACACAGUACAAGGGACAGCUAAUUUAUGACAUUCUUUGAGCAUAGACUUUCAACUACUACUUUUCUGUAGCAGUAUCUGUAGACCAUUCUUCAGUGAAAUGGUUUAGAACUGACCCAGGAGAGUAGUGAGAGACCAGCUAGUUUGCAGAAACAAAUGUUAUACAUUUCUGUGACUGAUAGGUUUGAUUGUUAAAAAGUGAUGUAUAGAGAUAAUACUUGUAGCCAUACCUAAUUUACUGUGAUUCUGAAGUUACUUUCAAGAACCAGAUUGCAAUUCUGUGCAAUGUGCAAUAAAUGAAAUAUGUGUACAUCCAUGAUAAUUCAUCCAGUUCCUGCCAUGGUGAAACUGAGAAGUUGAUUUGUUUAUAUGCACUGCAUGUAUUCCAUCUUAAUGAGAGGAAAAAACUGAAAAGUGUGGUUUUGUGUUGCAAUGUUAAUCACUUACUCAAAAGUCCCUGCAUUUAGUAUGGACCCAGGGGUUUCUGUACAAAACUAACUGUUGUAUUUUUUUUCUCCCCCUACUUUUUUGUUAUGUGCACCAUUCUGCCUUUUUACCUUCUCAUCUGAACACCUGAUUUCCCCCCCAAAAAAACAUCUUCUCAUGCAUGUUGGUGUUAAACAGAACUACAAAACCUGCUCCUCAUCUUGAUGGUGUUCAUGUUGUCUUUGGACUGGUUAUUUCUGGAUUUGAAGUGAUAGAACAAAUAGAAAAUCUGAAAACUGAUACUGCCAGUAGGCCAUAUGCUGAUGUGCGAGUUAUUGACUGUGGAGUGCUUGUUACAAAAUCAGCCAAGGAUGCGCUGGAGAAGAAGAGAAAAGUCUCAACUAAUUCAGAAGUGUCAGACACCUCCACCAGCAGUUCAUCUACUUCAUCAGAAUCUUCAUCUGACAGUGAAUCUGAAAAUGAGAGAAGCAGGAAAAGGAAACGCAAGAGGAGAACCAAAGCUAAACAGUCACGAAAGCGAAGAAGGGAAGAGAGGAAGAAAGAGGAGCCCAAUAACAGACAGACACCAGGACAAAGAAGCCACUCUGAAAGAAGUGAAGCAAAUGAAAAAUCAGACUUGAAUGCGAAAAGAGACAAACCUGUUGUGCGUCCUGAAGAAAUUCCUCCAGUGCCUGAAAACCGAUUUUUACUUAGAAGAGAUGCACCAGUUACAAGUGCAGAGCCUGAGCCGAAGCCCCUUGAUGUAGCACCAGUUUUGGCUGACCAGAAGCCCUCAGUAUCUAAAUCUGGAAGAAAAAUCAGAGGGAGAGGCACAAUACGAUACCAUACGCCCCCUCAUUCUCGCUCAUGUUCAGAAUCUGGUAAUGAUGGGAGCAGCGAAACGCCUCCACACUGGAAAGAGGAAAUGCAGAGAUUAAGAGCCUACAGGCCACCCAGUGGAGAAAAAUGGAGUAAAGGAGACAAGUUGAGUGAUCCAGGAAAAUGGGAUGAAAGAAGUCUGUCGCAGCGAUCAAGAUCUUGGUCCCAAAAUGGCUAUUCUGAUCUAAGCAGUGCCAAAUAUGGCAGCCACCACAGAAAGCACCGGAAAGAGAAAAAGACAAAGCACAAAAAGAAAGCAAAAAAGCAAAAGCAUUUGAAGAAGCGCAAGCAAAUUAAAAAGAAAAAAUUAUCUCCUUCGUCAGAUAUGGAAUCUUCUCGUUCCUCUACUAGAAAGACAAAAUCACCUUAUGGUCGCGAGAGGGGCUCUCACUCUUCUUCACUGACUUCAAGGGGCGAGUCCUCUAGAAGAGGCUGGUCUAAAUCAGACAGAGAUAAGCAGAGUUCUUUGUCCCUGUCAAGCAGAGAUUCCCAAUCAUAUUACAGGUCCAGAUCCAGGUCUAGAUCCAGGUCCAGAUCUUAUUCUAGAAGAAGUUCUAGAUCAAGAACAGCUAAUAAGUCUUCUCAGUCUAGGAGCAGAUCCAGAUCUAGAUCCAGAUCCAGAUCGAGUUCUGCCUCUGAUCAUCUAAAGAUAACAUCCACUCCACCCAAAAAUGUUGCCACUCGUUUAAAUGAGAGUAAGCCAGUUAAGGUAGAACCUGUAAGAACAGCACUGCCACAGAAUGAUAAGGUUGUGAUACAGCCUGUUGUUACUGAAAGCAUUCCAGUUAUACCCCUAAGUGACAGCCCUCCACCUUCUAGAUGGAAACCUGGGCAGAAGCCAUGGAAACCAUCCUAUGAGCGCAUUCAGGAAAUGAAAGCAAAGACUACUCACUUACUACCCACUCAAACAACUUACAAUUUAGUAAGUGCCAAAGAUGCUGGCCCAUCCUCUUCGUAUCAUAAGCGAGAAAAGAGUUCAGAUAGUGAGCACAGUGACUAUUCCAAAAAUCGGAGUGAGAGGAGCUCAGGUAGUUGGCGAAGAUCUAGGAGCAGGACAACUCGAAGUAGAUCCUACUCCAAGUCAUACUCCAGAUCGAGAAGUCUGUCCAGUUCAAGGUCUCGAUCAACACUUAGAUCCCAUUCAGUGAAUAAAUUUCCCAGUGACCAGUCAUGCUACAGUGGGUCAUCGUCUUACUUUUCUUUAAGUGAGGAUGACAGACCGAAAAGCAAAAUAAAAUCUGAGUACAGGGAGAGACAUUUACAGUUGGAAAAGAAAAGGCAAAGUAGUUCUGAAAGUACACUUCCAUAUGCAAAAGACACAAGUUCUCAGAAGCACAGGGAUAGUGUAAGCAGAUCUUCAGAUUUCUCCACAGACAGUGAGCAGUUGGUAAAACCACAGUCAACUCAAGAAAGGGGGCAAUUACAGUCCAAAAAAGCUAAUCGAAAACGAAAUAAAAGCUGCUCAGUUUAUGAUGAACAUGAAAAGAAGACUAGAUCUGAUUGGAGCAGUGACCAUUCCAAAAAAAGUGUUUUGAAGGAGAAAUCUGAGUCUCCAAGAAGGAGUAGGAAAUCGAAAAGGAAAACACGUGCUGGCAGUAAGUGGGACUCUGAAUCAAAUUCAGAAGGUGGUAAAGUCAGAAACAGUAAAGAAGGUUCAAGAUUGUCUUCUAGCAAGGAAGAAGGCGAAGCCUCAUCAGAUUCAGACACAGAUCUCAGCCUUGCCAAACGUAAGACAAGAUUAGAUUCUUCUUCUGUUGUAUCGAAGACAAAUAAGCAGUCUUCCCUUUCAGAGACGGAGAGUUCCCAUUCUACUUCAGGUGCCAGAGGGAAAUCCAGAAAACAAAAGCAUGGCUCCAAAAAGAACCUGAAAAAAACACAUUCCAAAAAAGCUAAAGAGAAGUCCAAGGGUAAAAAAGACAAGAAGCAUAAGCCUCAAAAGCAAAAGGAAACAUUUCAUUGGCAGCCUCCCCUGGAGUUUGGCGAGGAGGAAGAGGAGGAAGAAGAUGUUGUAAGGCCAGAAGCAAAAGAUGAAAGAGAAAAACAAGUUGCAACUGGUCCUAAAGAUAAAAACCAAGAACAGGAUUGUGAAAAUGAUAAGAUGGUCAAAGACCAACCAAGAGAAGAUGAAAAGCUCCAUGAACAGAAUACAUUGUUGGAUAAAGCUGUAGGGCAUACAUCGCCUGCUAGCCAGCCUAGUACAAGUAAUGGGGAACAAUCUACUUCAACUCAGGUUCCAAAUCCAGAUAAAAACAUUGAUGCAUCGGGAACUCCUGAUAGAGCAAUGGUAAGUGAAAACGAGGUAGAUGUCACCCAGAUGGAUGACAUGGAGAUCUGUACUCCAGAACAUAAUUCACCUUUCAAGGUUGAUGUGGAAUCUUCCCCUGUCAGUCUGAAGAUACACCUUCGGGAUGUUAAAGUUAGUAAGAAUACAGAUGUACCCAACAAUUCUGAAGCAGAAGGUAGAAUGCAAAGACUCAAUGGUAAAGAAUCUACUGAUGCCAAAGAAGACAAAGACAACAAAGAAAAAGAGAAACAAAAACCUAAGCCCACCACAACAGUUCUUGCUGUAGAAAGUAGACAGAAAACUGAAAUGGUUGAUAGUGCCCAAAGCAGCACAGUGGAUAAUAAAUGGAAGCCAUUACAGGGUGUAGGGAAUCUUCAGUUGGCCACUGCAGUUGCUUCUAGCAGUUCUUCAGAACCUAAAAAUCAGCCCUUGUCUUCUGAAUCGAAACCACAAGGUUUAAGGAUAGAAAUCAAAAGUAAAAACAAAAUUAGACCAGGCUCUCUGUUUGAUGAAGUAAGAAAGACUGCCCGGCUUAAUCGGAGACCAAGAAACCAUGAGAGCUCCAGCGAGGAGGAUUCAGCAACACGAGAAAACAGCCAAUCACGAAGCCGCAGCCGGUCAAGGAGCAAGUCGGAACCUAAAUCCAGGCACAGAACAAGAUCCCUUUCUUACAGUCACUCAAGAAGUCUAUCAAGCUCUACUUCCUCAUAUAGGUCACGGAGCUACACACGAAGCCGGAGCCGAGGGUGGUACAGCAGGGGCCGCUCAAGAAGUCGUAGCAGUUCCUAUAACUCUUGCAGAAGUCAUAGUCGAACCUAUAGCAGAAGCCGGUCCAGAAGCAGUUCCUAUGACCACCGUAGUCGAUCCAGCAGAUCUUACACCUAUGACAGUUAUUACAGCAGGAGUCGUAGUCGAAGCAGAAGCAAAAGGAGUGAUAGUUAUCACAGAUCCCGCAGUUAUGAUCGACGGUCCAGAUCCUACGGCUCUGACAGUGAAAGUGACCGCAGUUAUUCAAACAACCGAAGCCCUAGUGAAAGCAGCAGAUACAGCUGAAAGCAUCCUGUUGAAGAUGUCGAUUGUACUCAACUAGUUUUUUUAUUACUAUUAUUAUUGUUGUUGUUGUUAUUUUAACAUAUGAAACUGCCCUUGUCCUUACUCAAAGUAAAAUUAAAAGAUAUUUAGUGAGAUAAGCAUAAUUUUUAUGCUCUCUUUCUGGUCUAUGACAUUGUAUUGAUAUGAUUUUGGAUGUGCUGGUAACCUUGUGUUUUGAGAGAGAGAGGGUCUUCUGUACCAAAAUAAUCUGUAGGCCUGCUCUGAAAAAAUAUGCUGGCCUGACAACCAUGAAGCUGUGAAGAAAAGUACUGUGAGAAGUCUGCAUUCUACAGAGUUAACCUUAAAAGCUUACCUUAAAUUAUGCGGUAUCAGUUCAUUGGUAUCUUGUACGUACAUCAUAUAAGCUUGUACACAUACCUAGAUGGAUACAGAUAGUUAGGGUGGAGAUCCUCUCCUGGCUAUUACUGUUUCCCAUUAUACCUUGCUCUACUUCACAGGAGAUGCAAGGUCGGUUAUGUAUAAAAUACUUAGGUUCAGGGGCUAGCACUAGCUCUUUCUUGAACAAAUUAAACAUGUUUAUGCAAAACUCCAAAAAUGAUAGCAGGCUUUUCCAUUUCAAUUUUGUAUCCAUGCCAAUAAUAUUAUAGUAUUUGUAAAAGCAGAUCUUUAAAAAGCCCUUUUGACACAUUUAAUCGUUGUAUCUGCUAACCCUUAAACACUGGACAUGAAUUUAGUUGUUGGAUUUUCCCACCAUAUCCAACAUUGGGUUUCCAUUGUCAGAUUUUAUGCUGAAGCUAUAAAUCAAAGGGAGACGUGUGAAUUCAUUUUCAGUGUUCAUUACUGAACUGACACCAAAGUGUCUAAAUUAUCUGUCUAUGAGGACUUUUUAAUCCAGACGUACUGAAUUUUCUUCCUGUACUGUAAACUUCAGUAUACACAAGCGUUUUGUAUGGAAUAAUGACUUUUUUUCAGCAAAAAACACCCCUAUGCUAAGUGGGUAUGAUAACUGGGAGGGAAAUAUUACCUGUAACUCUAGUACUGAUAGUGAAUUUGUUAACUUUCUAUAAUUUUGAGAGGCUGUACAUUUCAUCAGUACUAAAAAUAGGUUGUUUUGUUUUGUUUUGUUUUGGUCCCAUGCCAAAAGUUGUACAUUUUAAAAGGCAUUUUUUCCUUUGAUGCAAUUAAAAACAUGAAUCAUUUAACUAUUAAA